AUGGAGACCUCCUCACCUCGCCGUGGCAGUGCCAAUGUCUCUGCUUCCGCUCUCGAUCACUGGCGGAGCCAUUCACCAACCGGCUCAGAGCGGAGAAAACUGUCAUACCACCCGACCGAUCCAUGGGAUCUUCCGUUAUCGACGACUCCCGAUAGCACACCAGCAGUGAACACAACACCACAAACCAGCAGCGCAACCCGCAUCCUCCAAGUAUCAAUAGCAGUCCUCUACUGCCUCCUCGCAGCCGGACCAGUCUUCGGCUUUGCAGCUAUCAAACCCGUGCUUGUGCAUGAGGGAGUCUAUCGGGACCAAUGUACGCCGCAAGAGGUGAAAGAUAAAGUAUGGGUGUGCUACGGACAGGAGCUGAGACUGAACCUCAUGUUCACUGUUGCGGCUGUAAGCACGAAUGUCUGCGCUUUGCCUGUGGGAACAGUAUUGGAUCGAUACGGGCCCAAGAUCGCCAGUCUUGUCGGGGUAGUGCUGCUCACGCUGGGAGCGCUGUUCAUGGCAUUCGCGCAGGAUCUACCCUUCGAUGCUUACAUACCCGGCUACCUCUUUCUGGCGCUUGGGGGGCCUUUCGUCUUCAUUUCCAGCUUCCAGCUCAGCAACACAUUUCCGGCGCACUCGGGCUUCAUUCUAGCUCUGCUCACUGGAGCUUUCGACACGAGCAGUGCUGUCUUCCUUGUUUACCGCUUGAUCUACCAGCAAACGGACAGCCGGUUCACACCGAAGAAGUUCUUCCUGAUAUACCUGAUUGUACCAGCACUCAUCCUGCUGGCACAGCUUUUGGUCAUGCCUUCUCAGUCAUACACAACAGCUAGCGAGACUUCUGCUGACGUCAAUGCACUUGUCAGCCAAGUUGACAUGGACACAGAAGCCACUGGUCUCCUCAAGAAGCACAACAGUUCCGAUGCCAAAGCGCAAGACACUACAGUUACCAGAUCAGGCGUCUGGGGAGCUCUACACGGGCGCACAGCCCUACAACAGAUCAUGACACCCUGGUUCAUCCUCAUAGCCCUCUUCACACUUCUCCAGAUGACCCGCAUAAACUACUUCGUCGCCACCCUCCGCACACAAUACACGCAUCUCCUUCAUUCUCGCAACGCCGCAAUCCAGCUAAAUAACUUCUUCGACGUUGCGCUGCCACUUGGAGGCGUUGCUGCCGUACCACUGAUAGGCUUGGUCCUAGACCACACAAGCACGACCUUCGUGCUCGCCUUACUCGUAGGCGUAGCAACCACGAUUGGCAUCCUUGGAAUCGUGCCAGAGAUGUGGGCAGGCUAUGCGAACAUCGUCCUGUUCGUGCUCUAUAGGCCAUUAUACUAUACAGCAGUGUCCGACUACAGCGCCAAAGUCUUCGGAUUCGAGACAUUCGGGAAGGUCUAUGGGCUGAUAAUCUGUCUCGCGGGUCUGUUCAACUUCAGCCAGCAGGGCCUGGAUACAUUGACGCAUGGUGUGCUGAAGGGUGACCCGGUGCCGGUAAAUGUCGGAUUGCUUAUAACGGCGUUCUUGGUGGGCGUUGUGCUGGUUGGGUUUGUCUGGAGGAAAAGCUACACUAUGCAGAGAGAUAAGCUAGAAGAGGAGGCAGAAGGAGCGCGCGAGGUACAGAUGCCUGCCGACUUGGACACAAGUGCGUAA